UUAAUUAAAAAGAAUAUAAUCUAGGUAAAAAGAUGUUGCCUUGACAACUCUUCAAAACAAUUAUGGAUGCCGACUAGCCUACAAGGAGCAUUUGACAGUUCUGUGACAACUUGGCAAAGAAUAACAUACAAUUACAAUGCGAAUUGUAAUGUGCAGUGUAUAAAUAUAAAAUGCAAACUGAAGCAUCUAUCUUGCCGGUUGUACAGCUUAAUGUGCAUAGAACAGUCAAUAGGAAUCCAAAGCUUGAUUCGAAAAAUUCAACACUGGAAUCCAAAAAUAAGUUGUCUCCUUGCAAAAAGAUAGUAUUUCCAUCAAACAAAAAAUGUUCGAACCCUUUACUUGGUGCACCAUAUAGAGAUAAUAUUAAACAAUCAAUGUUGGAUCAACCAAAAUCUCGUGAUAAAAGUGUUCUUGGACAAAGAGUGAUGUGCAAAAUGCUUCGUUUUAAGCAGUUACAAAAUCAACUAGCUGAUGCACAUUAUCAUCUCAAUGAAUUAGCAAAUGAAAAUAGAUUAUUAAAAGCAUUGCAGAAAAGACAAGAUUCUGCAUUAAGGCGUUACGAAGGAACAAAUGCUGAGUUACCAAGACUUAUAAAUUCGCAUCACGAAGAACUGAGAAUACUUCAAACAAAAUAUAAAAAAUUAAAAGAGUUACAUAAGGAUACGUGCAACUUGUUAAAAGAAAAAGAAAAUGAACUUUAUUCUGCAAAUUCACAAAAUAAGCAUCUAUUGCAACUUAGUAAAGAUCGAAAUCUUGAAGAAAGAGAAAAGUUGCAAUUGCAAUUAUCCGACAUGAAUCAUAAAAUGCAACAGCAACAGGAAACUAUACAGCUUUUACAUAGAAAACUUGCACUUGAAACUAAGAGUUUGAAGCAUCAAUUACAUGUCGAGAUUUCUAAACACAAAGAGACACAGAAAACUUUACAGGAAACAAUGGAGAAAUUAAAAAGUUUAGAAUGUUUAUUAGACAAUAGAGAGAAGAGAUUAUAUUAUAAUAGCCAGUUGCCAAUUUAUAAAGAGAAAAAUCUAGGUAGCCAUUCUCUUACAAAUCUCAGCACCUUUAAUCCAGUUAAAAUAUCCAAUAGGAGUAAAAGAAGUGAAACUGAUAUAUCAAAGAACAAUUUGCCACUGCUUAAUACAUUGGAGUCUAAUGAAGAUGAAAAAGUGACUCGGAUAAAUUAUACGAAUAAUACAAAUCAUUCAGCGGAUCGAUUAAAAUCGGAAACAAUGACAAAUCUGCAACAAGUCCGAAAAUUUCGUUUGCAAAGAUCACCACAGAUGCGUAAAAAUGCGCAUUCCAUGGACGAUUUAAGAUUUAGAUCUAAAGAAUCAGAAAUGAGAGCUCAUAAUGAACAAAUCACACUAGAGUAUAAAGAAAUUCUAGAAAGAAAUGAUCUGAGUGACGAUGAAAACGAAAGCGGCAAAUUGCGGAAAUUAUUCAGCAAAAUAAAAAAGCAAAAUCUGCAAAAAGAACUGGACAUUGAAUCCGAUGAUCAUUCAUCUGACGAUGGAGAGAGUGGAAAUACUUUUGAAUAUCAUAUGAAAUAUGAUACAGAUACUGCACAGAAAUCUAGAGAAUUAUACGCAAGAUUAAUUAGCAGCACAGACGAUAUCUCUGAUACUUUGGAUGAUAUGAUGAAAAAGGCAGAUAUUCAUUGUAGUGACGAAGAAGAGGAGGAAGAAUUAAAUGCAUGUUUGGCAAAGGACUUAAUAUUUCAGAAAAAGAAGAAUAAAUUAAUGCAGUAUAGAAACAAAGAUGUUUACGAUAGUGAUUCCGAAUUUGAUUCUAACGAAAAGAUAGAUAUAAAUAGAGAUUCUUCCAUAGAAUAUAAAACCAAUAAUCUUCGAGCUGAUUUAUCCAAGUACACUAAAUUUAGUAAAUCUUUUAAUGAUAUUGUUCACGCAAAUCAUGAUGCUUCAGAAAUAAGAGAACAAUCUGACAUUGGAAAAUUAAGGAAUGCACAGUUACGAAGGAUAUCUGAUCAUAUUCUAGACCAUAUGGAAAAUAUAGAAAUUCCUCAACAGUCUGCAAAGAAAUGGCUGGAAAGACAACAAUUCCUGGAAGAUAAUGGAAUAGAUAAUGAAAUAGAUAAUGGAACAGAUUCAUCGAUUGAUAUUAAAAAAGAAGACUACAUAAAAGAAAAAGAUGAAAUAUAUUUGGAAGAUAAACCAUUAUAUACUGAUACAUCAUCUGACAAGGAUUAUUGUGAUACAAAUAACGAAUAUAAGGAAAUUAAAAAUUUAUCAAGUCCAAAAAGGAGAGAAGCCAAAAAUAGUUCACAACAAAUUUAUGAAGAGGAUUUCACAGCAAAUUCUAAUGAAAGCACUCAUUCUGCACAUACCUUAGAAGAGGAAUAUCUUAGGUCUAAAGUAGAGGAAACGCCAAGUAUAAUACACCAAAGCAAUGAAGAAACAUUAAAUACAAACAAUAUCAAUGUAGAAACAAAAAAUAAAUUGAAUUCAUUAGAAGCAAGAAAUGUCGAUACAUUAUCCACUAAUAUGUCUCAUCAGACUGAUCAGACUAAUAGCACAAAAACUGAGCGAGUAGAUAAUAAACAAAUAAAUGUCAAAAAGAAAGCAAUUAAUUAUGAUAAAGAAAAGCUAUUGGCUACGAUGAAAGCUAUUGAUGACAAUGAAAAUAUUGAAUAUUUAAAUCAAGGAUUCAAGAAUCACAACACAAACAGAAUGCAGAUAACGGAGAAUUUAUAUCGUGGUUUACCUACACAUUCGAAACCAAAACGCGAUAUUAUUAAGGAUAUAUUUGAAGACAAUCAUGUAGAAAGUAAAGUCAAAGGCGCUUGCAGUAAAUCUCAUUGAGAUUUUAACAAUGGUUACAUUGAAGAUAUACCAUAGUAAAUAAAACUUAUUUUUUUAUUCUCUUAUUUUUUGUCAAUUCUAUUAAACUACAUGCAAAUAUAUCAAGAGAUGUAAUAUUAAAAAAAAAAGGUACACAUAUAUUAUAUUUUUUUCUAGAGUAUGAAAGUUUUAUCAACUUAUCUAAGUAUAUGUCAUUGAAUAUUAUCCGAAAUAAAAACUAUGUCAGAAGAAUGUAUUUUGUCUUUAAAUAAAGGAAAAUAUAAAAUUCA